AUGGCUACCUUCAACGAGAAGAAGACAUGUGGCCAGCGCAUGGAAGGCUUCAAACGCUUCAUUUGGAAUCCAGAAGCAAAGGAAAUUAUGGGGAGGACACCUGGAAACUGGGUUCUCAUCAGCCUGUAUUACGCGGCCUUCUACGUUGUAAUCUGCUUACUGUUUGCCCUGUCCUUGUUUGUGCUGUUAUAUACAACAGACCCAUACAUACCGACUUAUCAAGACAGACUCAAAGCACCAGGUGUGACGAUACAACCACAACCAAAACAUUUGAGGAUCAACUUUAAUAUUUCAGAUCCAAAGACAUGGCACUGUUACGUCCACGAGCUUCAGCAUUUUCUUUCAGUGUAUAAUCAGUCAGCCCAGGAAAAAAUAAACCGCAACUGCACCAGUGGCAACUAUACUUUCCAAGAUGGGUCUGGGAUUGGCCCUAAUUCAAAAUUUGCCUGCCAGUUUACUCGAGACAUGCUGAAGAAUUGCUCUGGACUGGAGGAUCCCACUUUUGGAUACAAAACUGGUCAACCCUGCAUCUUAAUCCGAAUGAACAGGAUUAUCAAUUACUUGCCUGGAAAUGGAACCACCCCAAACGUGACUUGUGCGGUUCUGCAUGCCUAUCCGGAGAAUAUUGGAAAUGUGGUAUUUUAUCCUGAAAAUGGCACCUUUGACCUUUCAUAUUUUCCUUACUAUGGCAGGCAGCCACAGCCAAACUACACCAAUCCAUUGGUUGCAGUAAAAUUCCUGACUCUGAAAAAGGACAACAAAGUUGAAAUUCAAUGCAAGAUUAAUGCGCCGGGAAUGAUCAGUGACAACCCCUAUGAAAAAUUUGAAGGACGGGUCAUCUUUACACUGGAUAUCAAGAAAUGAACAUGAUCUGAAGGAAAAAGUCUACAGUGAUGUGUUUUGGAUAUAUUUAUACUUUGCAUUUUCAGACAAGGUUGCAGAUAUUUAGUGCAACACACCUUCAUUUCUAUCUAUAAUAUAUUCUUCAGCAUGGAAUCCAUAUAAACAUAGUAUGCCGAUUACCGAAUGUGCUGAGUGGCCUGAAUUUAUCUUUGGUAAAUCCUAUUAUAAGACGUCAGUAUUUAACUGCUGCAACAUUAAGCCUGUGUGUGGCACUGAGGUGGGUAUUUAUCUCCAGUAAAAUGUCACACAGGCCUCUUCAUUUCCUCACACUCCUCCUCGUAAUCAUAUGACACUCGCCUUCUCAGUUCCGUGCCUCUACCCUCCUAUCUCAUUCCCAUCCCUCACAUUUGUUCACCUUCUCUCAUUCCAUCUUCUUCCUUCUUCGAUGUCUCUCUCUCAUUUAUAUUGCUCCAGUCCCCUUUUCUAUCCCCUCUUCUCUUCCACCUUCCCAUCCCUUUCUUCCUCUGCCAUAGUCCAGCUUCUAGUUUCUCACUUGACUUGAAUAUUACUCCUCAUUAUUUUUUUUAUACCUAUUUUUCUUCACUGUAUCUCACAUUCCUGAGCCUCACUUAAGAUCAAUUUCAAAGAAUUAGCAACUCCUUUCGGUAUUUUUAUGACAAUUGAUGUAUAUUUUAGUAAUUUCUUAUAGAAUUAGAGACACAAUUGGACUGAAUGAAGUCACUCAGCUUGUGUCCUGCAUAUGCACCAACAAACUGAAUUAAUGUUGCUCCUUUAAUGUGGAAAACCUCUGGUCUUACAUCCUUUCCCAUUUCAUUCAAUAUGUGUUUAUGGCCAUUUUCAGGCAACGGGUCCAAUCUGCUGCUCACCUGCUACAUUCCCGAUGAGGUGAGCCUCAACGUUCAUUCUUUGGCUUCUUCAUUGCCUCCUUGUUGCCUCCUAACCUGUGCAUUAUUCAACUCUCCAUCCAACAUUCCCUAACCACACCAUUCCUACUCUGCCAACAAACCCCAACACCCCCUCACCUCUCCGAAUCCCUUGCAGACCCAAGAUAAACCACAUUGAGGAGCAUCCUUUUUGCUGAUAACUAUGCACUCAAUGCAAGAUCAGAAUCUGAUAAGUUGGAAGGCUUGGACAAAUUUGGCAAUGCCAAUGGCAGCUUUUGCCUCACGGAGAAAACAGAAAUAUUGUGCCUAACUGUUCCAAACGCCCCAUACAUCAUUGUGAAUGGUCAGAGGCUUUCAGUAGUGGACAAGUUCACAUAUCUUAGCACAACUGUCGCAAGAUCAGUCAACAUUUGCAGGACAGCAAAAACCAGCUCUGCUUUUGAAAAUGGAGAUCUAAAGUGUGGGAAUCAAGAAGAAUCAGCCUAAAGACCAAGUUUAAGGUGUGAGAAGCUGUUGUCAUACCCAGUUUAUUCUAUGACUAUGAGACAUGGACAGUGUUCAGUAGACAUGCCAAUGACUUCCACAUGUCCUCGCUGCACAGAAUACUUCACAUCAAGUGACAAGACAGGAUUCCAGACACGCAGAUGAACCUCUGAAAGAAUCACAGAUUAGGUGGGCCAGAACAAUCAUGUUGUGGAUCGAAAAAGAUCUAACCACAUCCCUGAUGAGUCACUAUUGACACAUACCCCUGGAAACAAGAAGCAUUGGAUUGUCCUAUUUGGCGUACCCACAUGAAAAGCGGUACUCGUUCAUACGAGGAACCUAGAACAGAGGAAGCAAAGGGGAAAAGAGAAUCUCAAAAAUUAAGAGCCACUGAUACUUCAGCAUCUUUGCACCUCUGCCACCCAGAUUGGUCUAAUCAGCCACCUCUACACGCAUCACAAUACCAUAGAGUAGAAUUCAUGGUCCUACUCAAGAACUGGUGAUGAACUCCAAUCAUGUCUUUCUCGCAGCUACCUAUUCACUCAUGAACUAAACCCUUACUACCCAUGGGCUUAGUGUCAGUCAUAGAAAUAGACCCUUUGCCCCAAAUUGUUCAUGCUGACCAAGUUGCCCCAUAUUGCUAGUCCCAUCUGCCCAUGUUUAGCUCAUAUACCACCAAACCUUUUCUAUAUAUUACCCGUCCAAAUGUCUUUUAAAUGUUGUUAUAUUACCUGCCUCAUCUACCUUCUCUGGGCAGCUUGUUCCAUUUAAUCACCACCUUCUGUGUGGAAAAAGUCGCCCCUCAGGUUCCUAUUAAAUUAUUCCCCUCUCACCUUAAGCCAAGCCCUGUUGUUCUUGACUCCCCUCCUCUAGGUAAAAAUAUUUUGUGUAUUCACCCUGUCUGUUCCUCUCAUGAUUUUAGAUGCACAGAGUCUCUUGCCCCAGAGUAAGCUGAAUGGAUUGGCACUCAUUCACCAUUAUAAACAUUUGCUCCCUCCACUCCUGGCGCGCCAUCUGCAAAACUAACCAGGGCUGCUUUGACAGCAUGUCCCAAUCCCACAAUCUCUACCACCUUGAAGGACAAAGGAAACGGGAAUUAUGGAAAGGUGACCAUCUGCAUGCCCUCGACUGUACUGCGACUGUCUUGAUGGGGAACCAAGUUCCUUCUGUGCCAAAUGGUUUUCACUCUCCACUUGACAGUAGUUUGACAUUUCUACACAGGUUCAAGAUGGGGGUUACACCACCACUUCUUCAGGGCAAUUUGCUGAUGGAGAAUAAAUACUGGCCUUCCCAGUAUUACCUAUGAAAUAAUAAAAAGUAGAACAUAGAAUUGUACAGAACGUGAAUUUGCCCUUUGGUCCACCAUGUCUGUACAAACCAUGAUGCCAAUCUAACUAAUCCCAUGGUUUGCACAUGGCCCGUAUCCCUACACUCCCUGUCUAUUCAUGUGUCUGUCUAAAUACCUCUUCAACAUUGCUAUCGUAUCUGCCUCAUUCACCUGCCACUUUGGGGAGACACGGUGGUGUGGCGGUAGUGUUGCAGCCUUCCAGCGCCAGAGACCCGGGUUCAAUCCUGACCAUGGGUGCUAUCUCUGCGGACAUUUAACGUCCUCCCUGUGACCGCUUGGGUUUUCACCGGGAGCUCCGGUUUCCUUCCACCUUCCAAAGAUGUGCAGGUUCAGGUAGGUCAAUUGGCUUAUAGUGUGUAGGAUUGAACUAGUAAAUAGUUUCUAGUAUGUAGGAUUGAACUAGUGUAUGGAUCAUCAUUGGUCGGCAUGGACUCAGUGGGCCAAAGGGCCUGUUUCCAUGCUGUAUCUCUUAACCUCCCCUGGCAUCUACCACUCUCUGUGUUAAUAAGUUGUCCUGUGCAUCUCCCUCAAGCUUACUCCCUCUAAUCUUAAACCUAUGCUCUCUAGUAUUUGACAAUUCCAUACUGGGAAAUAGAGUCUGAAUAACGAUACAUAAAAGACCCCAAAUGCUAGAUAAAACAAAGUGCUGGAGAAACUCAGCAGGUCAGGCUGCAUCUGUGGCAGGAAAUGAAAUGCUUUUUAAGUCUGAUGAUGUACCCUAUCAAUGGCUCUCAUCAUUUUAUCAACUUCUAUGAAAACGGCCCCUCAACCUCCAACGCUCCAGAGAAAAGGAUCCAAGUUUGUCCAACCCCUCCUUAUAUCUAAUACAUUAUAAUCCAGGCCACAUCUUCUGCGCCAGUAAAGGGGUGACCAGAAUUGCACACAAUUCUCCAAAUAUGGCCUAUUUAAAGUUGCAACACGACGUUCUAACUUUUAUAUGCAAUGGCCUAAUGAAGGCACAAUGAAUGCAUGUAAAGCACACUAAUUCAUUCAUUUGUCUACCUAACCCAGUCCCAUGUUGAUUUGUUCUUAUACUUUAGUUCACACAUGCCACACCAGUAGCCUUUCUAAAUGUUGCCUUAGAUGUUGCCUUACAUUUAAGAUGUGGAUUGUUGCACCCUAGAAACAAUUACUCACAACAAGCACCAUACCUUACCAUGGCUGUUUUGUAUCAGAUCAAGAAGGCAAUACAGCAUCUGUGGAUGGAAUCAGUGUAUAUUUAUUGAGGACAACCCUAAAGGUCUUAACGGUUUUAGUCUCUCCUCUCUCCAACCAUCAGAUGCACUCUGAUUGUACACUCAUACAUAAGCUGUAGCUUUAUUUCUUUGUGAUCACUUUUCCAGAUUAAUUUGCUACACAUUCAGAAUAUAUUAUUUCUCUGAAAAGUCACUGCAGUAAGAAAUCAGUCUGGAGCAGGG